AUGGGAUGCUGUGUGAGCACCACCAAGAGCCACCCGGAUCUCAGGACGGGGUCGACCCACCAGCAAUUUCCGACCAGGUCUCCGGUUGAGAAACCCGAACCGACCCAUGCCAGAGACCACAGAGCGCCACCACCGGUAGAAGAAGAAUACGUGAAAGAGGUACUCUCUGAAACGCCCAUUGUUCCCAAGCCGCAAAACCCAAUUCCAGCAGAAGAAAAGAAGACCCAAGUGCCCCUCGUCGAAACGAAGGGUCUGAACCUUAUUCACAAAACAGAAAAGGAGCUCUCCGAAGCUUCUCAGAUAACGGAGAACUUCUCGUAUUCAACAGCAACAACGACAACCACUACCAUUACAGAGAUGAAAGAAGAAGACGACGAAGCAAUGAGUAAGGGAAGCAGAGAAGUGGGUCACAGUAGGCUUAACAGAGCUGAGGCAAGAGGACCCAGAAAGCGUCCGUACACCGGCGAGCUCUCCGGCCGGAGAAAUAUUCCAGCAAGGGGACCGAGUGAGGUUAGGACCCGGAGGCUUAACACGGGCACCGCCGGAGCCCGGAGAGAUUCCGGCGAGGGGUCCGUCCGUCGGUCGAGAUCACCGGCUACCAGGAAAGCAGGGGGAGUGGGGAGGAGUCCCGGAAAGGUGACGGGAGCAGCAGGAGGAAGCCGGUCAGUGGAUGAUUCGGGGGUGGUGCAGAGCAAGCAGCGAGCUGGGGUGGAAGAGGAGAAGUCAAACGACGACGUUUUGCAGCAGGGAAAUGAGUCCAUUGAAAACCCACUUGUUUCAUUAGAGUGCUUCAUCUUUCUGUAA